GCAAAUGGGAGGCGAUGAUCCAUUACUGUUUGCUUUCUGGGCUUGGCAAUCUCUUAGCCGUAAAUAUGCAUGAAAAUAACUGUGCUUGAGUAACGACCAGCAUGAAAGAUUAAUGCGUCUGGUUGCUUACUUUUGUUCUAAGUCUCUUCACGGUGAUUACAGGCAUAUGAAUUAUGCAGCUGCAGGAAAACUCAAAUCCUUAAGUUGACGGCAAAUCGGUCAAACUCCUUUUCAUUAACAUCGAAUGUGCCUCUAAGUACCGAAAUCAAAGAACUCCAUUGAAAUCGCUGCUGUUCUAAACGAACCAUCCGAUUAAUGAAUAGAUAGGAAGACAAGUGCAACAAACAACAUGGAAAUAAACGUCGUUGGCAUUAUUGGCAUCGCUGUAUUUUAUCUGCUGAUCCUCGUUCUUGGAAUCUGGGCUGGCUGCAAGAAAUCGAAGCACCAGGAGAAUGGAGAGCAACACGAUGAGAGCAACGAAGUCAUGCUGGCUGGACGGAGCAUUGGGCUUUUUGUUGGCUGCUUCACCAUGACAGCUACAUGGGUUGGUGGUGGCUACAUCAAUGGAACUGCGGAGGCUGUUUACAAGUACGGACUCACGUGGGCUCAGUCAUCAUGGGGAUAUUCCUUGAGUCUUUGCUUUGGUGGUUUUCUUUUUGCAAAAAUAAUGCGGAGGCGAGGCUACGUGACAAUGUUGGACCCAUUUCAAGACAGAUAUGGAAUCAGGGUGGGAGGACUUAUGUAUAUCCCAGCAUUCCUCGGUGAGUUGAUUUGGUCGGCGGCCACGCUGAACAGCCUCAGUGCCACGAUCAGCAUCGUCAUGAAUAUCUCAAGGGAGCUGUCCGUUGCAGCAUCAGCAUGCAUUGCGGUGUUCUACACGUUUCUUGGCGGUCUCUGGUCAGUGGCCUACACAGAUGUUGCACAGUUGAUCUGCAUGUUCAUAGGAAUGUGGCUUACAAUUCCAUUUGCAUUGACUCACAAAGCCGUAACGCCGAUUUCACAGACGAAGCAAACUUGGGUUGGAGACCAAAGUUGGGAAUGGGGAUCCUUUGGGAAUUGGAUGGACAAUGCCCUGUUACUGAUAUUUGGUGGAAUUCCAUGGCAAGUCUACUUCCAGCGUGUGCUAUCCAGCAAGACCCACAAGAGAGCGCAGUACCUCUCUUUUGCAGCCUCUGUUGGGUGCUUGAUCAUGGCAGUGCCAUCUAUCCUUAUUGGUGCCAUUGGUAAAUCCACAGACUGGGAGCAAACCGGGUUCAACUCAGUUGCUGAAAGGGACAGCAAUGGCUCCAUGAUAAUCAAGCCAUCGAUGAUAAUGCCAAUGGUUUUGCAGUACCUGACGCCAACGUGGGCAUCUUUUGUUGGCCUAGGGGCGGUGUCCGCAGCUGUCAUGUCCAGUGUCGAUUCGAGUGUGCUGUCUGCAAGCUCUAUGUAUGCACACAACAUUUACAAAACGAUUUUCAGGCAGCGGGCUUCAGACAAAGAAGUCAUAUGGGUGAUUCGAGCAUCCAUUAUUGUUGUUGGUGCCCUAGCAACAGCGAUUGGACUGACAGUUGAAUCCAUAUACGGACUCUCCUAUCUCUGCUCUGAUAUCAUCUACGUCGUCUUGUUCCCAGAAUUACUCUGUGUGCUCUAUUUCGGUUAUUCAAACACUUAUGGUGCCCUGUUUGGUUACAUUAUGGGGUUCCUUCUUCGACUUUUAGGAGGCGAACCAUUGAUCAAUAUGCCAGCAGUUAUCAAAUAUCCGUUGUACAAGGAGACCAAAAAUGGAUCAUUCAUACAGAAUUUUCCAUUCCGGACCCUUAAUAUGGUGAUCACUCUGUUCUGCAUAGUGUUUGGCUCGCUUUUGGCACAGGUUGUCUUCAAAUACUGCCUGAGCUUGAAAUUCGACAUUGCAGGGGAUUUUCAAAAUGGCAUCCCCAAUAUUGAGCUAAGGAAAAUGGUCAACUUAAAAGGCGUGGAUAUCAAGCCCGAAUACAAGACCGUCCUACUUGACAAUGCUGCGACAGCUAAUGGCAAGGAGUCCCAUGAAAUGGAAGAGCACAUGAAAGCAAACUAGGCCCUUUUGUCGAUCAAUAUUUACAAAUGAAUACUUAGGCUUAUUUUAAUGCGAUGGAGAACAAGUAUAUAGAACCUCCAUAUUUUUGCUUAUCAGCUAUAGUUUAUGCAUUAUGCGUAGCCAGGCUCAGGCAGGACCGCGUGGCCUCCAUAUCAUGGCUAUGAAAAUAUCAAAUAGAUAUUUAUUUUCUUUACUGUAGACACGAUCCUGCCUUGCUUACCAGAGCUUUAUUCCGAAUGAGGGCGGGGCUAAGGUAUCCAGGGCAAGGCAACUACGAGCUUCAAUUGCUAGUGUAAAGUAAUGCUCGGCAGGGCAGUUGAGGAGUGUAGGUUGUUUGAAUUUUGACUGAAAAGCCUAUGCAAUAGCAUUCAAAUAUUGUUGCUAUUUGGUUGAAUUUUUGCACCAAUGAGAAUCGAUCAAUACAUGCUGUCUCUCAAACAAUUUAUGUAUGAAGGUUAAAAGAGAGGGAUAAUAACGUGGACAAAGUUUUCUCAGCAUAAUCAGCUUUCGCGUACUUGAAACAAACAGGGAAUGCACUUGUCAUAUUUCAGUCAGGCCAAGUCUUUGGAAAUCAUGAAUUACUUUGCCAAAAUGUACAAAUUCUAAUGAAACUUUUAUGAAGUGGCUUACCUUUACAGUCUCAGGUGUGUCUGUGUUGAAUGUAAAUCAUAUUCUAUUCUGUCAAAAUUCUUUAAAACUAGUUCGACAUGUGUCCUUGGUCCACUUCUUUUUAAUUCAAGUUAUUAGCCAACAAGCCAGACAAGACCCGUAGUCUGUUCGCAUUCUCAAAUACUGUGAUAGUGCACAGUUAUAGGAGCUUGUUUGAUUUGUUUGCUUAGGCCAAGCAGGGGAAGUCACGAGGUUUCCCCUUGGGUGAAAGAAAACGUGCAGGAGCAUGAUUUUUGUGCUCUGUUUGUAGUUCUAAGCAUAAUGCCGACCCAAGACUUUAUUUGUAUGCAAAUUAUACCUAUAGGAAAACAACUCAUUAUUUUGCUUGUUUUUGGUAUUUUUUACCUUUCCCGGACGAGAUUAUAUAAGGAUUAUGUCAGAUGUACCAAAACGUUUAAACAGCACUUCUACUUUAGGAGACCAAUCUAAUCAACUGAGGUUAGAUAAUGCUUCGUGUAAAACAGCAUAACAUACAUAUCGAUCAUGUAUUGUACUUUUGAAUUGUAGACUACAGUUUAGCUUGCCUCCCUCGUUUGCUCUAAUUGAAAAUAGUAGGCCAAUAAAAACCUCUGUACAAUAUAAUGGAAGGACCAUCGAGCUGAUCUACAACCGCUUAAAAGUUCGCUAGAUAAGGAACAAUGUUGGCCUAAACACAAACUUAAAAACCGCUUUUCAAUUAGCAGAUAUCUGAUAAUGUCCUUGUCUGUUUGAAGUUUCGAGGAAUUGGAUGCAAAGCGUGUGUGUUAAAGAGACAUUUAAAGAGUAAGUUGCAACUUAUACAUAUUUCGCAAAACAACUCUUUUUCCAUAUUAGAUAAACCCACUCUUCGACUUGAGCGACGUGAAGUAAAAAUAUAGCAUUGAUAUUACUGCAGAAUAAUGUGUGUAGCGAAUCAUUAUAUAGUUAUAUCUAACUGUGAUUGUUAAAGCUUUCAACAAAUAUUUAUUUUUUUGUCUCUUCCUUUGCCUAAAUGAUAGUGCAUAUUUUUUAACGAUGUAAAUAUGAUUCUAUGGGGAUACGUUCGAGCAUCAACGUUGAAGUGGUGGCUUAUUCGAGAGAUCAUUUUAGAGGGGUACUUAUACGAGAGUUUGGUGUAUUCGAGAGUCUAAGCUUAAUGGUAAGUAAGGCGAGCAUAACAAAACUCGAUUUGAGAAUAUUUAACAAGACAAUAUGCUCCUUAAGUGCACGCACAAAAUCUAAAAACUAUGGUUAACAAGUGUUGUGUCUUUAUGCCUGUACUGUCGCGCAUAUAGAGUAUCUGUAACUCAAACAAAAAUGCGUCAGGACAUAGUGCCUGUAAGUGAAGUUUGUUCAUGGCGAGGAACCGAAGCACAGGCCAUUAUAUCAGUAGCCCACGACCCUGUAUACUGAGCCAAUCUCAC